AUGCCGUGCACUAGGUUGAGCAACGUGUGUGUAUACAACGGGCGCCAGUACAAGCGGUCAGUUACCUGGAAGGACGGCUGUGGAGUGACCUGCACGUGCACGGACCCAGUCAACAACAAAUACUCGUGCACCGACAAGUGUAACAAGUUCGAGAAGGUUCCCGCCAACUGCGCUAUCACCAAGGACGCGGAUAACUGCUGUGACGUAGCCACGUGCUAUGACCCGGCCUCCCUCCCCACCUUCCAGCCACCCGUCACAAUUAUCUCCGGAGUUACCAUCAGCCCAGACGUGCAGCCAAGCAAAUCGUCCACCCCAGUGUGCAGGUACAACGGCCAGAUGUUGACAGAAGGACAGGUGUACCAGGACGACAACUGCAGGGAGACCUGUGUCUGUGAGGACGCGGCGAACAACUACGUCAGCUGUGUGCCCAGAUGCAUGACCUAUAAAGCCAACCCGUCUUGCGAGCUGCUCCCGGACCCCGCCGACCCUCAGUGCUGCCAGAUCCCCAAAUGCUCCGCCCAAGACCCACUCAACCCACAGGGCGUUACCGGAGGAUACACCGUGGUGGCCACGCCCCCGACACUGGCCCCACCCCCUACCAAACCGACGAGCGUGCCCAAUGAGCCUACACCUGUUGUUGUCACAUUGCCAAGAGCGGGCUGCUAUUUCAAGAGGCGCGUAUACAAUCAGGGAGAGAAAUGGCAAGAUGACUGCAAGAACUGCGAAUGCACGGACGAGGUCAACAACGUCUACAAGUGCACGUCCAUGUGCCCCAGCUACCCCGACCUGCCCCCAUACUGUACCUACGUGUACGACUCCAUGAACCCGUGCUGCAAGAAGCCACAGUGCAACGUCCCCGCGCCCCCCACUCAGUACCCUGGCCAGACUACGCUCAUACCUCCGACACCAGAUUACUGCAUGGACAAGGGCGUCUCCCACAUGGAGGGCGACAGCUGGGACGAGGGCUGCUCAAGUGUUCUCACAUGUGAAGAUGCGGCUUCCAACGCUAUAAGCAAGAGAGACAAAUGCGCCAAAACACAACCGCCCCAGCCGGGCUGCCGCCUGGAGACCGACCCACGCAGCCCGUGCUGUCAGAUCCUCACGUGCGAAGAGCCCAAUACGAAUGACCCCCUCAAGGUCGUCCAGGGAGUGCCAGGGAAGGUCACCGGAAGCAGCAAGCCGCCGCAGAGCUCAAACCCUCUCGUACCGCGAACAUGUGUAUGUUUGUACAAGGGACAGUACCUAAGACGCGGCCAGGUGUAUUACGACGGUGACUGUGACAAAGUCUGUACCUGUGAGGACGUGGACAACAACCUGGUCCGCUGCAGAGAUGUAUGUGCCAAAAUCGCGCCCAGUGCUGGCUGUACGCUCAUCCCUGACCCCGACAACCCGACCUGCUGCCAGGUGGAGGAGUGCCCUCUGCCCCCGACCUUGACCCCGCCCUCCAAGCCAGACUAUCAAAGGCCGCCCAUGAACAAGCCACAGGUUAUUUAUGGAAGCCCCGCCCCCAUGACGAUUGUUGGGGAUGGACCGAGGCCAGUGACUACUUACACCAGGUUCUGUCUGUAUAAUGGAGCUCAGUACCUCCAGAGCCAGAGAUGGAAUGUCAAGUGUGAUCAGACUUGCACCUGUGUUAACGCUACGUCUGGUGUCUACUCCUGUGUUGACAGAUGUCCUGCUUAUGAGCCUGCUGCUGGCUGUCAGCUGAGAACCAGCCCGACUGACGCGUGCUGUCUGGUUCAAGACUGUGGACCAAACUACCUAGAUCCAGUAUUCCAGGUCACACCAGACCCCAGCAAGGCUCCUGUCACAUACAAGCCAGACUUUGUGCAGCCUGGGGAGGUGGCCAUAAGGCCAGGCAACCCACCCACGUACAUCAAGACAAUCAACAGCCCGGUGGUGCCAGGAGCGUCCAGCGACCAGAUUCGCAUCCAGAGAACCAAAUGUAUUGCCGAGGAUGGCCACUUCUACUCCCAGGGUGAAUCUUGGAACACUGCCUCUGAACGCUGCGUGUGUAUCGAUGCCGCGGCCAACAAGGCACAGUGCACGCAGCGGUGUGGUGACUAUUACUUCCUGCCCAAUGGCUGCCGCAUGGAUGUUGAUCCAAACAACGCGCCGUGCCGAAUUGCCAUCUGUCCAGUCAGCAGUAUGCAGUCUACGGUGCCCUAUACGCCUGGACCUACUAUCACUACACAGAGCACGACAAACAUCGUCACUGCUGUGCAACCUUAUAACCCUACAUGUGUGUACAAAGACGGAACGGCCUACCAUCGUAACGAGGCAUGGACGGAUGGGUGCCAGUCUUGCCGCUGUGUCGAUCCCAAUGGUAACAACUACCAGUGUACCAGAAGUUGCCCGGCCAUCAAAGACCUGCCCGAGUACUGUGUGAUGGUGAUGGACUUCGCCAACCCAUGCUGCCAGAAGGUCUCCUGUACCAAGAAUGGGGUGUCACUCACUCCCCUCCUGGUCGACCCCGUGACCCACACAAGCCCCGCCCUCGACCCCAGCAAGACAAAUGUCAUCCCCAUCGUGACUCACCCCGUGAUUACAGGUCAUGGUGACCCGGCCAAUGUGAGCCCGUCGGUGCUGAGGCAGUACGGUGGUAGCAAUGCUUGCGUCUACAAAGGUCGCUUGUACAGGCCUGGUAAAAGCUGGGAGGACGGGUGUGAGCAGUCUUGUACAUGUGAAAAUAAUUCUAGAGGAAUGUACACCUGCAUACAGAUUUGGUACCAGGGGACACUACUCUGACCGUGCUGCCUAACGAAGCGCCGACCACCACCCUGACCGUGCCUGGAGGAGGCUACACCGUCACUGACACACAAAUCCAGAAGAUUACCAACCGUUGUGUGAAGGACAACAAGGCAUACAAGCAAGGUGAAACCUGGCAAGAGGGCUGUGACAUCACAUGCGAGUGUAUUGAGGAGGCCACAGGAUUCUACCAGUGUACUCACAAAUGCCCUAUUUACGACAACGCAAAGGCCGGCUGUGUGCUCACCAUCAUCCCUGGCCAGUGCUGCAAACGACUCAUCUGCAAUGACCCUGACACGGGACUCACCUUUGACCCUAUCCUCCACCCGAGAGAUGAUUACAUCGUGUACGGCCGGUACCCCGAAGGAUUCUCUGGCUUUAGACCAUACUACGUGCCCUCUGGAGUCUCCACUUCCUUUAUGGGCUGCUACUUCAACGGCAAGGUGUAUGCUGAAGGCCAGUCAUGGCAGGACAAAUGCAACUACGAGUGCACCUGUCUGGACGGCCAUAAACACACCAUGCAGUGCAAGUCCAUGUGCUACAGCUACAGCCACAUCCCCAGCGCCUGCACGCUGAGCGCCAGCAACAACCACUGUUGCCAGGAAGUACUGUGCCCCACCAGUCUGGGAGGUAUCACCCCGACCCCUGUGAUGCGACCCGGUUUGAACAUCAGCGAGGGUAACUGCGUGGACACUAUCAGUAAUUGCGAGGACUACACAGUCGAGGCGUGUGGGCCAAACUAUGCAGUGUGGGCCAAGAAAUACUGCCCACGAUUCUGUGGCCUUUGUCCUAAUGCACCUCUCCAAGUUCUCACGUGCGUUGAUAGAGAAAAGAACUGUAAUGCGUAUGGACAAGCUGCGUGCAGCUCUCCCGAUACCAAGAUGUGGAUGCACAGAAACUGCUACAGGACUUGCGGUUAUUGUAAUAGCUGCCAGGAUGUGGACGACGCAUGUGGUCAACUGAACCACUUGACCUGUACCGGCGUCUGGGCUCCCUGGGCCAGGCAGAUGUGUGCCAAGACUUGCAACUAUUGCUCCUCUGGCAGUAGCAGCUCAACAACCGGUACCACGGGAUCUGCAGCAGUGCCCAGUGGCUGGAUGCUGCUGAUGAAGGGCGUGUCAGGUGUACCGGGGGACCUCUACUCCCUGUGGAGCCAGACCGGCGGCUUGAACGAGGACCAAGCUCUGGCCAAGGUCCUCACUAACCAGUACCUGGGACAUUAUAAGUCUUCCUUGGCCGACAGUUUCGGGUCCUGUGACUUUUCGAAGAUCCGUGUGGGCGUCUACAACAACGGUGUUGAGCGUGGUUACGUCAUCUUCAAUGCCCACGGAGCCACCAAGCAGAACGUGUUUGACCCCAGCAGGAUUCUCUCCAGCACCUGGAACGACGUCCGCUCCUCCAGCAGUCACUUCUCCCUGCCCAAGAGCUCUACCACCGGACGUGAGUUCAGCCUGGGAAAAAGUCAGUCUUCAUGCAGCGGUCAGGGCUGGCUCUUUGUGUCCACCUCCAGCUCCUGUAGUUACGAGUCAGGCGCCAACUCUUUCUACUUCUCCCCCAGCACCGGCGCUGUGGAGUACAAGGACAUGGUCCAGGGUGACGUGAUCGCCGUGAUGGCUCAGGGCGGAUCAUGCACGUCACAGUCUGUCACAUCAGCUCAAGGCUGCAGAUAUCUCAACAAGUACUACAAGAUCGGAGAGACAUGGACGGAGGGAUGUGAGAAUGACUGCCAGUGUAUUGCACUCAACAGCACACACACAGCCGUGCAGUGUCACAACAAGUGCCCACAGUACAAGGACGUGCCCAAAAACUGCCAGAUGGUGAAGUCGCCGGGAAGUUGCUGCAGCACGCCUGUCUGUUCUGGUUGUGUGGACCCCAAAAAUCCAGCUAAAGUGUACCGGGAAGGAGAGAGGUGGCGAGACGGCUGUGAAUCCGACUGUACAUGCCUUGCCUCAUCUACGAUCAGCUGCCAGGCUGUCUGUCUAACCAUGACCUUGACCCCUGCGCAGAACGCGACGUGCACAUACCCAACGCCCGCACCGGGCAAAUGUUGUGCUCUGCCUUCAUGUCCAGGCCUGAUAUUCCAGAUCCCAGACGCCAAUAAGAAAGACUACUAGUACUAGCUGGACAGAAAAUGGAAUAUCAUUAAAACUACAUGAAGAUAUGAAUGUUUGUUAAGAAAUUUAAAUAAAGUUUGCAUCUAUCUA